GUGCCUGGCGAGCGCCUCGGGGCAGUGGCAGCAGCUCCUCUGACACUCACGGCUAUCUCACCAUGGACUGUUCCAGGAUGAGGCUCCUGAAAAUUGUCAAAGCCCUGAUUUGCCUGGUUGUUGUAACUCAGUUCUGCCUCUUCGUUGUCAAUUCCAGCUCCUUGUUUGACUUGGCAAAGUUAAAGAUUUUCAGGAAAUUGAGCAUUUUCCAACAUGCCCCAGAGACACCAGAAGUGGACACCCAAGAGCAACAGGGUUUAAACUAUUCUGAUAAUGGGAACUCCAGGAGCGUUUUAAAGGUGGCUUUGGGAGGACACAUCACAAGACUCAAAGAUGUGGUGGAGAAGACAGUAAGAGAGAAAGGAAAGGAGGAGCAGAAGGAAACAAUGAAACCAUUUAUGGGGGUUAGGGAAGCCAAGGAGAGUGUGUCUGUGAAACCAGCACCGCAGUUGGAAGGAAUCAAGAAGACAACAGUGGAAACAACCCCUAUGGUGCAGGAAAACAAGGGGAAAACAACAGUGGGGCCAUCUCCAUGGCUGGAAGAAGCCAAGGAAAAGACAACAAUGAAACCACUUCCCAGGGAGACGGGAGGCAAGAAGGCAACAGUGAAACCAUCCCCUGGGGUGAAGGGAGCACAUGAGAACAACACAUCCCAAGAUCAAGCAAAACCCAAAGCAUCUCCUGCAUCAAUGAAAACUGUAAGACCUACUCCUCAGGCUGCUGCAGUGACACAGAAGAGGAACCUGAGUGCUGCUAACUUCCCAUCUGAGCCGCAUUGGGAUUUUGAGGACGAGUACCUGCUGGAUAACUCAUCCCCACCCUCGACCUGCUCUGAAUCAGUGAGGGCCAGGGCUGCCAAGUCUGACUGGCUGCGGGAUCUUUUCCUGCCCAACAUCACACUCUUCAUAGACAAGAGAUACUUCAAUGACAGUGAAUGGAACCGCCUGGAGCAUUUUAUACCCCCCUUUGGCUUCAUGGACCUGAAUUAUUCACAGGUAAAGAAGGUCAUAUCCCUGCUGCCCCCAAAGCCCCACCAGCAGCUGCUCCUGGCCAACCAUGACAGCAGCGUGCCCACGUGCAUCAGCUGUGCUGUGGUGGGGAAUGGAGGAAUACUGAAUAACUCUGGGAUGGGCCAGGAGAUUGACUCCCAUGACUAUGUCUUCAGGGUGAGCGGGGCUGUAAUCAAGGGCUAUGAAAAAGAUGUGGGAACAAAAACCUCCUUUUAUGGAUUCACAGCCUAUUCCCUGGUUUCCUCUCUUCAGAUCUUGGGACACAGAGGGUUCAGCAACAUCCCAUGGGAUAAACAUGUCAGAUACAUUCACUUCAUGGAGGGAGCAAGAGACUAUGAGUGGCUGGAGGCUCUUCUGUUCAACAAGAACAUCAGGAAAGGAUUCUUGAACCUAGGGCAGAAGCCCCGGCAGAAAUUCGAUGAAGAUUUCACAAUGGACAAAUACCUGGUGGUUCACCCUGAUUUCCUCAGAUACAUGAAAAACAGGUUUUUAAAGUCUAAAAAUUUGGAAAAGCACUAUUGGAGGCUGUACAGACCCACAACAGGGGCUUUCCUGCUGCUGACUGCACUCCACCUCUGUGACCGGGUCAGUGCCUAUGGCUACAUCACAGAGGGGCACGAGAAGUACUCAGAUCACUACUAUGACAAAGACUGGAAACGUCUGAUUUUCUACAUUAACCAUGACUUCAACCUGGAGAAGCAGGUAUGGAAAAGGCUUCAUGAUGAGAAUAUCAUGAAACUUUACCAGAGAACCUGACUGUGGCAAGGGUCAUUGCCUGGGAAAUCUGAACAAUACCUCACUGUGAAGAGAAGAUCACCAGAGCCAUUUGCUCGGGACUGCUGGGCACAUUUCAUCCCCACAAAGACAUUUCCCUCCUUCAGCACCUCUGUUAUUUCAGAACACUUCAACAAAUGUGUGAAUGCUGCAGACCCAAAGACCAAUGAGAAAAUGCAGCAUGCCAACAAAGUCCCACGUGGCUCUGCUGCAGGACUCUUGCUGGUUGUUGUAGACGUGGGUAUUAAGAGAGCAGAAUCCAGGGUGGACAUGGUCCCGUGUCCUUUGUGUAAUCCAGGCUUUUUCCCUUUGCAAUGAGGUGCUCCUUAGGCUGGGGCCACUUCUCUUCUGGGUGCAUCCUCUCCUUUAGCAAUGCCCAUUUUGGAGCUGAGUAUUGUCUAAACAAACUCCCUGAGGAGCUGGAGUGGAUGGAGGUGGAAACACAGAUCCUGUUUCAGGUUGACUUAAUUUCUGGGGUGGGGGUUGCACUCACUCUGCUCCCUGCAGAUCAAAAGGAUGGACUGGACACUUCCAGGUGACUAAUUUGAGACAGAAUGAGUUUCACAUCUGCUCCCCAGUGUGGCUUUGCUAUGACACUCCUAGAGGAGCACUGCCAUCAACUCAAGGGCUCUCCAUGGUGCACCAGACCUUCUGUACCUGGUACCUCUUGCCCCAGGGCUCCCCUGGCUGCACAAAAUGUGAAUUUUGUGGCAUGGACCUGAUGUGCCAAGUCCUUGCGUAGCUGGACUUCGUUGUGCUUGGCUCCCAGCUGUGCUCAGAGCACUGUGUUUGUCCUGUUGCCAGAAGAGGUGGGAGCUCUCCAAGUGCAGGGAUGGAUGCUGUCUGUCCUUGCAGCUGGCUGAAGUGCCUGUUCCCCAUGAUGCUGGGAGGGGCCCAGCUGCAGCCAGCAAACCUGGAAUUUGUUGGUCUCCUGGAAGGGGUUUUGUAAGCGAAAUAAAUGGCCCUGCUUUGGCCAAGCUGA